AUGGCCUCCUCAUCCACACCACCAACUCCCCUCCUCUACUCCUGUAUCGCCCACAAUACCACCGUCCUCGCUGAGCAUACCACAUCAGCCAGUUCGCAAACCUCCUCCCUAGCUUCCCUUGUCCUCCCGAAAAUAAAACAUGACGAGCCUCAAAAAUUAACAUACACUCACAACAACUCUUUCAUCCAUUAUAUGGCAUCCGCGCCCUCUGAGUACCCGGCUUCCGAAUCUUCUGCCGGUGGACUCACAUUCCUUGUGAUCGCCGAUGCUUCUCUCGGCCGUCGUAUACCAUUUGGGUUCCUUUUCGAGAUCAAAAAGCGAUUUUUUACAUCGUUCCCACCUUCUACGACCGACUUUUCCGAUUUAGGUGGCUACGGUGCUGGAUCCUUCAAUUCGGAACUAAAGAAGUUGAUGGUCGAAUAUGGAACGACUCAGGGUGGAAAAGAGGAUGCGAUUAAGAAUGUACAAGGAGAAAUUGAUAAUGUGCGAGGGAUUAUGAACCAAAAUAUUGAGAGUCUUCUGGAGAGAGGCGAGAGAAUUGAUUUGUUGGUCGACAAAACGGAUAGACUGGGUGGAAGUGCAUCGGAAUUCAGGAUAAGGAGCAGAGGAUUGCGUAGACAGAUGUGGUGGAAAAAUGUCAAGUUGAUGGUACUCUUGACUGUCGUCAUCAUCUUCUUGCUCUACUUGUUUGUUGGGUUUGGAUGUGGCUUGCCGGGCUGGCAAAAGUGCGUUGGAUAG